AUGUCAGGCGAAGCCGAUUUGAGUAGUGUUUUUAGAUUGAUCAGUGCAAAAUUUUUGGUUGACUCAACGAUAAUCUACAAGACCAUCAGUAUCGAAUGCAAAUAUAACCCAGAAUUGCUAGCAAACGUCAGUUGUCAACUAAAACCAAUUAAUUGGCAGAAAUCGGUUUGUAUAUGGGAUUGUGAUGUUUUGCAGCCACUAAAAAAUAUAACGCUACAUUUACAGCUAUUUAAGAAGAAUGGUGCCAAUAAUUAUUUGCCAUUUCUUGUCAAUACAACUCUAAAUGUUUGUGAUGUGAUUAGCAGACGUAGUUUUUCCGUUUACGGUAAAAUAAUGACAAAUAUUUUGAAAGAGAUGUCAAAUCUACAUCAUGAUUGUCCAUACGAGGGCCACCUCAGUCUUUACAAUCUUUAUGUGGAUGAACGUUAUGUUCCUGUCUCCCUACCAAUGGGUAUUUAUAAGGUCAUCAUACGCUUUCUGGAAGGUUAUCCUCAUGUAUAUAUUGGCUCGGGUACUUUAAAUAUUGAAGCAAUGGAGAAACGUGAGAGGCGUGUGAAGGUGCUUAAGAAUUAACAUAUUGAAAUGUAUAAACAAUAUUUAAUGAUGUGGCAACUAUUAUUUGAAAUAUUUUUAAAUUUUUUGUGUUCGAUAUCAAUAGAUCGUUUAUGUAGUAAAAUUUCGAAUCGGGUGGCAAUGCUCAUACCCAAAUUUUUUAACUACAAGUGUUCUUAAAGCUUUUCAGUUCAUGUUGCUUACUUCAAUAAAUUAUUUAUAUUUAUUUCAAU